CUGGUUUCAAAAGAUCCCACGAGACAAAGUGAAAUUGUUUGAGAGGGACGAUUUUACGAAAUCGCAUUUGAGAAACGCUGAGCAGCGUUGCAAUGAGAAGGGCUGGCGGCCGGUUCCACACAAGCGAAGUCUGAAAAUGCAAAUGGAAGGGAAAAUCAAAUCGGCGAUGACACCUUUCUUGGGUUUAUCACUUCUAUGCCUUCCCUUUUGUUGAACUGCGACUGCUACUGUUGAGAUUGCUUAAAUGGGAAAACCCCUCUGCUACGUGGAUGGGGCAAAGAUGGAAGUUUCUGAAAGUUUAACUGAUAGGAUCUAUGGUGUCUUCUCUGAUGGCGUGCAUUUCGCAAUGCCCAUUUCCUCCUUGAGGACAAACGAAGCUGACCUGGUACGCGGUGUUUUACAAAUAUUACAAGGUUUUUCUAGUUCUCUGUUUUACUGGGAUCACAGUGAGCAGAGGUUUCGUGCAAAGAUUGGAAUAUAUGUGUCUCACCUGUCCCUCAAGAGUCUUCAUGCCAUUCUCAAUAAAUUUUUGUAUGCUGCAACAUGUUUACAAUUGGUUGAAGUUCUAGUUGAUAAGUUGGAGACAUCUGCUAGAUUGCUUCCACCUACUUUGAUGGCAUUUUCAUGUUCUGUUUCUGCGUGGCUGAAGAGAUUGCGGCAUACUGCUUUAGAAGAGGACGUGAAGAUAAGCAACUCUGAGAUGGGAAAGACUCCUACCCUCCUGGGAAUGGCCAGUGCUUUGUCGAGUCUUUGCUCAGGAGCUGAAUAUUUAUUGCAAAUAGUGCAUGGUGCCAUUCCCCAAGAAUAUUUUGAGCCUGAUUGUGCUGUCCCAGCUGCUCAAAUAGCUGCACAUAUCCAUGACCAUCUUUACAAGAAGCUAAAUGAAUUGUGUCUCGUGGAAGGUGGCGAGGAAGAAGCAUAUCAGAUGCUGCUUUUUAUAUUUGUUGGAAGUUUAUUGCCAUAUAUUGAGGUUCUUGAUUUGUGGCUUUAUGAAGGAACACUUGAUGAUCCUUUUGAGGAGAUGUUCUUUUAUGCUAACAAAACAAUUUUGGUUGAUGAGGCUGACUUUUGGGAGAAAAGUUAUCUAUUGAGACCAGUACAAUACUGUAAGUUGGAUGCUCAAACUUCUGCUGAUGUUCGUGUCACUUCAUCAAAUGACAAGAAUGAAAUGGCUGGGAAGGAAUUCUUUUGUAUAUCUAGCUCUGUGAAAGGGAAUGAGUGGACUAAUAAAGAUCAUUAUGUGUGCCCUAUCUUUCUUAAGGACAUAGCUAAGUCCAUUAUUUCUGCUGGAAAAUCAUUGCAGUUGAUUCAGCACAUCUCUACUACAUCAUCAGCUGUAUCUGGCAGAGGGGGUGAUAAUGAUAUUGACAGAUUUGGAAGUUCUAAGAUUGCCAGUGAUUUUAGUCCAAUUCAUAAUUGGCAAAGCAUAGCAGGGUUAACCUUGUCAGAGGCUUUUUGCGUGUCGCUAGCAGGUCUAAUAGGCCAUGGUGAUCACAUUUCUAAAUACUUUUGGCAUGAUGGUCCAUGCAACUCCAAAAUUCUACCCUUGUUUGAAUCCAAUGUGGAGAAACAAAAUUUGGUAAAAAGUAAUGGUGAGAACUUGUCAGUUUUAACAUGCUCAGAGAAGAUUUGGUGUAAAUUCUUGGUUGAUGCAUUGUCACAGAAAGGAAAGAUUGAUCUAGAAUCUGCACAAAAGGAUGCAAACGGUUUUCCAGAUGCUAAGGAAAAGAACAUUUCUCCAUGUGUUGCUGAUAAUUUACCUUCUCAUCAAUCUUUUUGUCCGGAAAAUCCUGUUAUUACUGUGUGUCAAACACUCCUUAAGCAGAACAGGGAUUCUUGCAAUUCCUUGAACUUGUCCAGAAAUUUUCAUCUCCCCUCUUUAAAUGAUGAGGACUUGCGAAAAGCUAUUUUUGGUGGGAAGAGUUCCAAUACUAAAGGAACAAACUAUGGUUUUGGAUUUCAAUUAGGUGAAUCCAAGUAUCUUGCCUCCCAGGAUGAUGCAAAGCUGUUAGAAGAACUGUUUCCAUUUCCAACUCUUCUUCCUUCAUUUCAGGAGGACCUCUGUGUAUCAGAGCUCUUACCUUUCCAGAAAAAUAGCACUCUUCCAUCUAGAGUCCUUGGCUGGAUUCAAAGUGCUGAACUCAAGACUACCCCACUUCCUGUAGUUAUUGUCCAGGAAUGCCUCACUAUUUACAUCAAAAAACAGGUGGAUUAUAUCGGCAGGAAUAUAUUAUCAAAGUUAAUGAAAGACUGGAGAUUGAUGGAUGAGCUUGGAGUGUUACGUGCCAUAUACUUGUUAGGAUCAGGUGAUCUGCUGCAACACUUCUUGAUUGUGAUUUUUAAUAAGCUAGAUAAGGGGGAAUCAUGGGAUGAUGAUUUUGAGUUGAACACAAUACUGCAGGAAUCCAUCAGAAACUCUGCUGAUGGCAUGCUACUAAGUGCACCAGACUCAUUGAUAGUGUCGAUCAGUAAACACCAGUCUUUCAAUAGCGAUGAGCAGCAUACUGUAGCAACUGUUGUCUCCUCUCAUAAAAUUCUUGAACGUAGCUUUGGAGUUGAUGGCUUUGAUUUUCUAAAAUUUACAUACAAGGUCUCCUGGCCACUUGAACUAAUUGCCAAUGAAGAAGCAAUAAAGAAAUAUAACCAGGUGAUGGGGUUCCUUCUAAAAGUCAAGCAUGCGAAAUACGUACUAGAUAAAGCUCGGAGGUGGAUAUGGAAGGGUAGAGGCACAGCACCAACCAACCGCAAGCAUCACUGGUUAGUGGAGCACAAACUUCUUCAUUUUGUGGAUGCAUUUCACCAGUAUGUGAUGGAUAGGGUGUACCACAGUGCAUGGCGUGAACUCUGUGAAGGCAUGGCUGCUGCUAGAUCUCUGGAUGAAGUCAUUGAAGUACAUGACGCCUACUUGUUAUCUAUUCAGCGGCAAUGCUUUGUGGUUCCAGAUAAGCUGUGGGCAUUGAUUGCAAGCAGAAUCAACAGCAUCCUUGGAUUAGCUCUUGAUUUUUAUUCCAUACAGCAGACACUAAGUAGCAGUGGUGCAGUUUCUGCCAUGAAGGCAAGAUGUGAGAUGGAAGUGGAACGAAUUGAGAAACAGUUUGAUGAUUGCAUUGCCUUCCUUCUCAGAGUCCUAUCUUUCAAACUCAACGUGGGACACUUUCCUCAUUUAGCAGAUUUGGUCACUAGAAUCAACUACAACUAUUUCUACAUGUCUGCUAGCGGAAACUUGAUUGCUGCCCCUGGUGCUGAUGCUGUUUCUUCUAAGCUGGGGAAGGCCUUCCUUAGCAGACAAUAAUGAUUAGGGUUGACAGAGAUCAAGUUACCAUGCCUCUCAACAUGCUGAAUUUGGACAAGAACUUAUGCAGAGCAUCUUAACAAGCACAAUGUGCAUCAUGUACAAAACCUGCGAGGUCAUCAAAGCCGACAGGAUGAAAUUGAAGGGAAAAUAGCAGUCGUGGCAGCACCGUGAACCCUCGCCACACUUGUACAUUCUUUUGUGCUGAUGCGAGUCCCGGGCAUUUUGAGUUUUUCAUAUUACCAUGUUUGUUUGGCGGGCUAGGUUUUCUAAUUUUUGAUAUGGACUUGUGUGGAAUUGAACAAAAUGCACUGCAAACUUGUACUAAAUUCAUUCAAAUCGACUCAAAUUCAAGCCAGAUUCAAGAUUUGAUCCAUGCUUCCACGCACAAUUUUACUCUAUUUUGUAACCCAAUCAUUGUAAUUUGAGCUGCCCCAUACAAUCUCCCAGUUAGGAAAUGCUGUUUUGAUAAUAAUAAUAAUAAGAUAUUUCUGCUUUUCAAAA